AAAAAACAUAACCUAUAUAUAAAUAAGUCCAACUUAACAAAAUUCUGUGCAUAUACUUGUAUUUAAAUGCGUAAAAAUGGAUGAUACGUUGUCCGCCUUUGCGGAUGAGUUUGAAAAUGAUUUCACGGAAGAAAGCACCUCAUCGAAGAAUGAAGGUCCAGAACAGAGCAACACAAAAGUGUCAAACAAAAUGUAUACACUCCUGGUUAAUCCGAAACAACGUGGAAAUCCUUUAUUGAAGUCUGUGACUAAUGUUCCUUGGGAGUUCGAUGAUAUUGUACCAGAUUAUCAAAUGGGGGCAACCACUUGUGCACUAUUCUUAUCACUAAAAUAUCACAAUUUAAAUCCAGAUUAUAUUCAUGAUAGGUUAAAGAAAUUGGGAAAAUCCUAUCAACUUAGAGUUUUAUUAGUUCAAGUUGACAUCAAGGAACCACAUCAUGUUUUAAAAAAUCUCACUCGCAUUUGCAUUUUGGCAGAUUUAACAUUGAUAUUAGCAUGGAGUCCUGAAGAGGCUGGUAAAAUUAUAGAAACUUACAAAAUAUAUGAAAACAAACCAAGAGAGGGAUUAAUGGAAAAAAGUGAGAACUCUCCAUACUUGAAUCUUGUCACAGCUCUAACAUCCAUCAAGAGAGUAAAUAAAACAGAUGCUAUGACUUUAAUUAGGAGAUUUAAGACUUUAAAGGGCAUAAUUGAAGCUAAGGAGUCUGAGUUGGCUGAGUGUCCAGGAUUGGGGCCAAUUAAAGCUAAAAAAUUAUAUCAAACAUUGCAUGAAAAUUUUUGCAAAAAAUCAUAAUUUUUGUAAUUGUUUAUUUCAUUUCUUUAUAUUAUAGUUAUUUAUUAAUAUAUUUUUAUUGUAUAAU